AACAAUGGAGCUAAACGUCGUCACACUGAAUUGCUGGGGUCUCCCAUUUGGUGUGAGCAAGCAUAGGAGUGAACGAAUGCAACACAUCGCCAAAGAGUUAGCCAGCGGAGCUUAUGAUAUCGUCUCACUGCAAGAGAUCUGGGUAAUGGAAGAUUACCAGCUAAUAAAGUCUACAGUUGAAAAAGUUCUACCUCACAGCUUCUACUUCAGAAUGGGAAUGCUACACGGCGGCCUCUGCAUCUUUUCAAAAUGGCCGAUCAUCGACACGUUCUAUCAUCCAUACUCCCUCAACGGCUACGCUCAUAAAGUAACCAUGGCAGACUGGUAUAUCUCCAAAAUGGUGGCUUUGUGCAAGCUAGAUGUAGAAGGGAUGACUGUGAAUGUCUACAAUACACACGCCCACGCUCUCUAUGCACCAUCCAAUAUCCCUGAAAAAGAUGAGUUUCUGACGCAUCGAUUGACCCAGCUCUAUGAACUCAGCGAGUUUGUAAGAUUAACUUCAGGGGCAGCAGACCUUGUGCUCGUUACGGGAGACUUUAAUUCAGAACCGUUCUCUCUAGCCACCAAGCUUGCCGUCUCCAAUGCUAGAUUGUUGGACGCUUGGGAGACAAGAGAAAAUAAAGAGUACACGGAUGGGAUGACGAACGAGAGACUGGGCAAUCCUCUCGCAGAAGGCCAGACCCUGUUCUAUAUGAAUACCGACAAUGGAGAAAGGAUCGACUACAUUUUCUACCAGUCUUUCGGCCCCUACACAGCCAAGUGUCUUAAAACUACACUGGCUCUGCAGAAGAUUCCGGGCAUGGAUUUGCACUAUUCGGACCAUGAGGGCGUUUUGUCAACAAUCUAUGUAACGCUGGCAAAAGACACCCAAGGACGAGGGGAUGAUGUAUCGGACGAGAAUUCAAACCAAGAGGAAGAUGGGUCACCAUGGCAACACCUUCCGGAUCACCUGAAGGAGGCCAUCUUGCAUCUCUCGAGCAACAUCGAAAAGGUCAAAUCUGAUCAGAAGUGGUGCCUUGUGAGGGCGCUAUUCUUUUUCACGCUCCUCCUACUCUCCCUAUCCCUCGGGAGCGUGAGCCAGGUACUGGCUUUCGUGUGGACGUGCGGGAUGACGCUGCUGACGGCCUUCUACCUCGGGUUUGGAAUCGUCGCUAAGGAAUGCGAGAAGAAGACAUUGACAGGUAUCAUGGAGGGCAUGAAGGUUCGACUGAGCGUGGUUGAGAACAGAACGACGGUCAACGGAGAACCAGGGGGGAAACAUAUAUGAAGCA